AUGGCGAUGCCGUGCUCCCGGCCCCGGGUCCUGGAGCGCGCUGGCAGCUGCUGGCAGGACCCACUGGCCGAGGCGCAGUGCCGGGGCCGGCCGCCCGCGGCGCCCCCCGGCCGGGGCUGCUCCUGGAGCCGGUCGCUCAGCGUAGUCUACGUGCUGACCCGAGAGCCGCAGGCCGGGGCGGAGACCGGAGCAGGAACCGAGGCGGAGCCGCUGCCCCUGCGCUGCCUACGCGAGGCCUGCGCGCAGCUCCAGGGUUCACGGCCGUCACCGCAGCUGCACAGCCUGCCUUUCGGAACUCUGGCUCUGGGCGACACCGCGGCUCUGGACGCCUUCUACAACGCGGACAUCGUGGUGCUGGAGGUGAGCAGCUCGCUGGCCCAGCCCUCCCUCUUCUACCACCUCGGGGUGCGGGAGAGCUUCAGCAUGACCAACAACGUGCUCCUCUGCUCCCAGGCCGACCUCCCUGACCUGCAGGCCCUGCGGGAGGAUAUUUUCCAGAAGAACUCGGAUUGCGUUGGCAGCUACACACUGAUUCCUUAUGUGGUGACAGCCACCAAUCGGGUGCUGUGUGGUGAUGCAGGUGUCCUGAGGGGCCUGGCUGAUGGGCUGGUGCAGGCUGGGGUGGGCACGGAGGCCCUGCUUACGCCACUGGUGAGCCGACUGGCCCGGCUGCUGGAGGUCACGCCCACAGACUCCUGCGGCUACUUCCGGGAGACCAUUCGGCAGGACAUCCGGCGGGUGCGGGAACGUUUCAGUGGGCAGCAGCUGCGGCAGGAGCUUGCUCGCCUGCAGCGGAGGCUGGACAGCGUGGAGCUGCUGACUCCCGACAUCGUCAUGAACCUGCUGCUCUCCUACCGCGACGUGCAGGACUACUCAGCCAUCAUUGACCUGGUGGAGACCCUGCAGGCCUUGCCCACCUGUGACGUGGCUGAGCAGCACAACGUUUGCUUCCACUACACCUUCGCCCUUAACCGGAGGAACAGGCCUGGGGACCGUGAGAAGGCGCUGGCUGUGCUGCUGCCUGUCGUCCAGCGUGAGGGCUUGGUAGCUCCUGACCUGUACUGCAUGUGUGGCCGUAUCUACAAGGACAUGUUCUUCAGCUCUGGCUUCCAGGAUACUGGCCACAGGGAGCAGGCCUAUCACUGGUAUCGAAAGGCCUUCGAGGUGGAGCCCAGCCUCCACUCGGGCAUCAAUGCCGCGGUGCUCCUCAUUGCCGCCGGGCAGUGCUUUGAGGACUCCGAGGAGCUCUGGCUCAUAGGCAUGAAGCUGGGCUGCCUGCUGGCCCACAAAGGCUGCGUGGAGAAGAUGCAGUAUUACUGGGACGUAGGUUUCUACCUGGGCGCCCAGAUCCUCGCCAAUGAUCCUUCCCAGGUGGCGCUGGCUGCAGAGCAGCUGUACAAGCUCAAUGCCCCCAUAUGGUACCUGGUGUCGGUGAUGGAAACCUUCCUGCUGUACCAGCACUUCAGACCAUCCCCAGAGCCCACCGGAGGGCCCUUGCUCCGUGCCCACUUUUGGCUCCACUUCUUGCUACAGUCCUGCCAGCCAUUCAAGCCCACCGCUCCACAAGGGGACCAGUACUUGGUGCUGGUCCUGGAGCUCAACAAGGUGCUACUGCCAGCGCAGCUGGAGGUCCGAGGGAGGGACCCCGUGAGCGAGGUGGCCCUUAGCCUGGUGGAGCCCAGCAGCCAGGAUGCGCCCUCCUGCUGGACCUUUCCAGUCGCCUCCAUCUGCGGGGUCAGCACCUCAAAGCUGGACGAGCGCUGCUGCUUCCUCUACGCGCUCCCGCCGGCUCAGGACGUGCAGUUGUGCUUCCCCAGCGGAGGGCACUGCCAGUGGUUCUGCGGCCUGAUCCAGACCUCGGUGACAAGUCCGGAUUCCACAGUACCCAUGGAAGAGGCAGGGGACGUGGGGGAGGAGCUGGAGUUUGACUAUGAGUACUCAGAGACCGGCGAGAGGUUGGUGCUGGGCAAGGGCACAUAUGGGGUGGUGUAUGCGGGCCGCGAGCGACACACGAGAGUCCGCAUCGCUAUCAAGGAGAUCCCGGAGCGCGACAGCAGGUUCUCUCAGCCCCUGCAUGAAGAGAUCGCGCUACACAAACGCCUGAGACACAAGAACAUCGUGCGCUAUCUGGGCUCGGCCAGCCAGGGCGGCUACCUCAAGAUCUUCAUGGAGGAAGUUCCCGGAGGCAGCCUGUCCUCCUUGCUGCGGUCAGUGUGGGGACCCCUGAAGGACAACGAGAGCACCAUCAGUUUCUAUACCCGCCAGAUCCUGCAGGGGCUGAGCUACCUGCAUGACAAUCACAUUGUGCACCGGGAUAUCAAGGGGGACAAUGUGCUGAUCAAUACCUUCAGUGGGCUGCUCAAGAUCUCUGACUUUGGCACCUCCAAGCGGCUGGCGGGCAUCACACCCUGCACGGAGACCUUUACAGGAACCCUACAGUAUAUGGCUCCAGAGAUCAUUGACCAAGGCCCCCGAGGGUAUGGCAAGGCAGCCGACAUCUGGUCCCUGGGCUGCACUGUAAUUGAGAUGGCUACAGGCCGCCCUCCCUUCUAUGAGCUGGGGAGCCCCCAGGCUGCUAUGUUUCAGGUGGGCAUGUACAAGGUACAUCCACCAGUGCCCAGCUCUCUGUCAGCGGAGGCCCAGGCCUUCCUCCUCCGAGCUUUCGAGCCAGACCCUCGCCUCCGAGCUGCUGCUCAAGCUCUCCUGGAGGAUCCUUUUCUGCAGCCGGGGAAGAGGAGCCGCAGCCCUGGCUCGCCCCGCCAUGCUCCACGGCCUUCAGAUGUCCCUUCCGCCAGCCCCAUUCUCUCAGCUGAUUCGGCCACACAGUCCCAGACAUUCCCGUGUCCUCAAGCACUCUCUCAGCACCUACCCAGCCCUCCCAAGCGCUGCCUCAGUUAUGGGGGCACCAGCCAGCUCCGGGUGCCCGAAGGAGCUGGGGCCGAAGAGCCCACGUCCCCCGAGGAGAGUUCGGGACUGAGUCUGCUGCACCAAGAGAGCAAGCGGCGGGCCAUGCUGGCCUCCGUGCUGGAACAGGAGCGGAGGGCGCUGGCCAACAGUCUGCGGCUCCUGGAGCGGGAACAGGGUCCUUGGCUUGACAGGCAUCAUGUGGAACAGCUACUGCGCGGCCUCGGAGCGCACAUCCACACUCCCAACCGGCGGCAGCUGGCCCAGGACCUGCGGGAGCUGCAAGGGCAGCUGCGGGCCCAGGGCCUCGACCCUGCGCUGCUUCACGGACCCCUCUUUGCCUUCCCGGACGCGGUGAAGCAGAUCCUCCGCCGGCGCCAGAUCCGCCCACACUGGAUGUUCGUGCUGGACUCCCUGCUCAGCCGCGCGGUGCGGGCAGCCCUGGCAGUGCUAGGCCCAGAGGUGGAGGAGACUGUCUCCCCGCUGUCAAAGGAGCCGAGUAAAGAAAAAGGGUUCCAGGCGAAGCAACCGGAGACCCCUGAUCUGCCGAACCUCCUGCCGCCAAAAGAGCCUGAACACGGACCCCCGCCUCUGCUGGUGCAGCUGGGCCUUCUAAGAGCAGAGACAAACAGGCUGCGGGCUGUCCUGGCUGAGAAGGAAGGGACUUGCCGGGCUCUGAUGCAGCGGACUCUGCAGCGGAUGGAUGCUGAGGCCGGGACCCGAGCCCUGGCCUCGGAGCCCCCAGCUGCUCUGGCAGCCGACCAGGGCCUGGUGCGGUGGCUGCAAGAACGAAAUGUGGAUUCUGGCACCAUCCAGACGCUGCUCAACCACAGCUUCACCCUCCAUGCUCUGCUCACCUGUGCCUCUCGAGAUGACCUCAUCUACACCCGCAUCAGGGGAGGGAUGGUGUGUCGUAUCUGGAGAGCCAUCCUGGAGCAGCGAACAGGAGCCGUGCCAGGCACCCCCAGCCCUCAAGAGGCAGAGUGAAGGUCUUGGACGGAGGCAGGAAGCCAGACUCAGGACCAAGAGUGAAGACAAAGCCACCAGGAGCAGCUCCGACACUCCAUGGCCUAGGCCCCCUGGAGGGAGUUGAGACCACCCAGCAGACUGAGAACUGCCAGGCUAAGACUAUUAAACAGAACUUUUUAUUUUUUA